AUGAAUGGACGACGGAGCGCCCUAGAAGAGCGGCCGACCCGCCCGAAGGGCGAUAUAGAGCCACUCCCCGUCUUCCGGAUUGGACUUCAACAUGAAGAGCCGCCAGAAGAUGUUCACAGAAGUCAGGAUCUCGAGGCAAUUAAGCAUCCCUCCGAGCAGGAGGCAACCGAGCAUCCCUCCGAGCAGGAGGCAACCAAGCAUCCCUCCGAGCAGGAGGCAACCGAGCAUCCCCCCAAACAGGAGGCAACCGAGCAUCCCUCCGAGCAGGAGGCAACCGAGCAUCCCCCCGAGCAGGAGGCAACCGAGCAUCCCUCCGAGGAGGAGGCAACCGAGCGUCCCUCCGAGCAGGAGGCGAUCGCCCCCUCCGAGCAGGAGGCGACCGAGCGCCCCCUCCGAGCAGGAGGCGACCGGGCACCCCUCCGAGCAAGGGGCGGCCGAAUGGAUCCCGACUUAAGGGCUUGA